AUGCCGAAAGAACGUCUACCCAGCGAUUUCCCAUAUCAUCCAGGACUUGUGCUCUCUAUCAAGCGGCACAUCCCUCCUCAACCAUUUGCCGAGCCCUGGUUCCUCAAAGAUGCAGCUCCCCGGCCCAUGGCCCAGGACCCUCGCGGAGGUCCAUACCGCACACCCCUUGAAUGGUGUCUCGACUUUCCUCCAGCCGACACUGAACCUAUCAAGGACCCAGAGGUUCGGAGACUACAUAUCGUUGAUCAAGUCGCUUGUGGAGCAGCGCGCGCGGCGCAAGUUCUACGUUGCUACCUCGAUGACACUGAGGGCACAACCUAUAUCGCCAAGAUUUUCGAUGCCCUCUACUCCUGUCCUGAGGAUGGCGACUAUACCUAUGAGACUGAUGGGAACUAUGCGUCCGAAGCAGCGGCCUAUAAAGAACUCAUGGACUUUGGCAUGGACGGCGAUCUCACGCCCUAUUAUCACGGUUCAUGGACGUUUGAUUUGCCGGUUUCAAGCCCUCAUUCCUCCACCACCCGAUCUGUCCGCAUGAUUCUUAUAGAAGAUAUCCCGGGUCGAUCCAUGGGUGAUAUACUCGGGAAUUACCUGGAAACUUUUAUCCUUCCAGAACAUAGGCUUGCCGUCCUUGCCAGAGUCAUGGAAAUUUAUAGCGUGCUUGAGUAUGCCGGCGUUAUCCAUAUGGACCUAGCCCCCAGGAAUGUUAUGUUAACGGGAGUGGAUUUCAAUACCUGGCCCAAUCAUACCAUGCCAGACGUUGCGCUUAUCGACUUUAACUGGUGCGCGUUGCUCGACAUACCAAGCAGCGCCGUCCACCGGGAUAACAAUACCAAGCCCAGAGAUCCAAAGUCCUACCUUGGCGAGGAGUGCCCCGACAAGUGGAAGGCUUGGGUCCCCGAACCCCAUCGCUCAAACCCAGCAGCCUGGAGGGGAUGGGUGCGCAAGCUUUGGCCCCAUAGCGAGGAUUACUCACAGCCACGGAUGAGAGCUCGCCGGUUCAGUGACCUUGGAGACUUUAUCGAGGUUCCUCCCCAGCCGGACCCACAGUAUGUUCGUCCGCCAUCACCGCCCACGGAGUCUGAUGAAGAACUUUAG